CGAUAAAAUACGACGAAAAAUUCGGCGUUUAGAAGAACGCCUUUACCGCCGCAAUAUGGAGGACGAUGACAGUUACGAAUCGGAGUAUUCGAGUUCUAUGGGUCAGCAGUCAGAUUGUGACGGCAUUUCGUCACAUGAAUAUUAUUCAGACAUGGAUAGACAAACCGUCCGAUCCGUGAUAGCUGAUGCUAAUACGCACAGAUAUCCAACAGAGACCACGGAUCUUCAGGUAUCAACUCCACAAAGCUGUGAUAAGGACCCUAGUGCCUCAAAGGGCAAUGAUGAUGCACCUAGUGUCACUCACACAAGUAACAAUACUUUGGAAAAUGCUUCAUGUCUAUCAUCAGACAUUCUCGCAAUAUUAGGAGACUCAAAGGCAAAAGAAGAAAAGUUCGGCCCAAAAAUCAGAGAUGAAGUCUCUAAACGCUGGGGAAGCAUACUCAUGGACGGUCUUGGUAAAGAGCAGAGGCAGAAUCUAUUGGAAAGCGCCCUUAUACCAGAAAAUUUUCAGCUACUUAAAGCGCCAAAACUAAAUCCAGAAAUAUCAGCUGUGCUAAACGAAUCUUCUAGAAAUAGGGACAAGCGCCUGGAGAAGGCCCAACAUCAUCUCGGCAUAGGAAUAGCAGCAGUAACCAACUUGAUGACAACCCUGAUCGAUGGCAAUGCAGAAAAGACGGAAAUUAUUAAAAGAUUGUCUGAAACUGGACAGUUGCUCCUGGAUUUACACUAUCAAAAUACUAUUAAUAGAAGGAAGCUGAUCAUGUUUUGUUUAGACAAAAAGUUCAUCAACAUGGUUCAAAAUGUAAAAAGAGACUCUUAUUUGUUUGGAGAUAACCUAGGAGAAAAAAUUAAAGCAACGAAGAUUGCCGAAAGAUCAGGUUUACAGGUCAAGAGGAAAGAACCUCAACCCUCGACCAGCUACCGAACUAACAAAUAUACAGCCCGCCAGGGAAACGCCAGAAGCCUGUCCAGGCAACAGAGUGGCAGGAACAGAGCAAACGGGUACCGUCCACCGACGUCGGCGACAACCGGCAGACGGCCACCGCCCACGCCAGUAGACAGAUACCAGCCGCCAUCGUCGAGGACGGGCCACAAGAUUACACAGAAAUCGUAACAGAGAUGCAUCUCUGACCGGUUGGGGAGCAGCAUGUAACGGGGAGCGUACUGGUGGAUUUUGGAGUUCAGAUGAAGCCCAAAAUCAUAUCAAUUAUCUAGAAUUGAGAGCGGCUUUUAUUGCCUUAAAAUGCUUUGCUAAUAACUUUACAAAUAAAGAAAUAUUAUUAAGAAUAGAUAAUACGACAGCCAUAUCAUACAUAAAUAGAAUGGGAGGAGUCCAAUAUCCACACCUUAAUGAUAUCAGUCGCAAUAUAUGGCAAUGGUGUGAAGAACGUAAGCUUUUUAUUUUUGCUUCAUAUAUAAAAUCAAAAGAGAAUAUCGAGGCCGAUCUAGAGUCUCGGUGCACUAAUAUUGAUACAGAGUGGGAAUGGUCAGGUUUAGCUUUUGACCGAAUAAUUUUUGAAUUUGGACACCCGGAAAUAGACUUGUUUGCUACCCGUCUUAAUGCUAAAUGUCAAAAAUAUGUGUCGUGGAAACGUGACCCACACGCUUUUAAUAUUGACGCAUUUACAUUGCACUGGGGGCAUUAUUUUUUCUAUGCUUUUCCACCUUUCAGUCUCAUCUUGAAAUGCCUUCGAAAAAUAAUAGAUAAUAAAGCUCAAGGCAUUAUGGUGGUCCCGUACUGGCCGAGUCAACCCUGGUAUCCGUUAUAUAUCUCACUGCAAAUAGCAAAACCAGUACACUUCUUGCCACAAAGUCAGCUUCUCUUAUCUCCUUGCAGGACACGGCAUCCUCUAUGGCGGAGCCUUACCCUGGUGUCAUCAGUUUUAUCAGGCGAGCAUUUUCCCAACAGAAUCUAACCCCAGAAACUAUAGAUAUAAUGAUAGCUUCUUUGUCAGAAAGUUCCUUAAAACAAUAUAAUAGCGCAUACAAAAAAUGGUGGCUAUUUUGUAAUACAAAUAAAAUUGCUGAUUGUUUUUCAGUGUCUAUUCCAUUCAUACUAAAGUUUUUUACAACAUUGUUCGACGCUGGGGCAGGCUAUUCUACUUUAAAUACCUAUCGUUCGGCCUUAUCAUUAGUUCUAGGAAAAAAUGUGGGUUCACACGACUACAUAAUCAGAUUUCUCAAAGGAGUUUUCAAAAAGAAGCCAUGUUUUCCAAAAUACCAGUGUACUUGGGACACAAACCUUGUUCUAGAUUUCAUUUCCAAUUGGUAUCCUAAUGAGGACUUACCUUUAGACCAAUUAACAAAAAAAUUGGUGACUCUGCUCGCAUUGUCAACUGCACAACGAGUCCAGACGUUGUCAAUAAUUAACAUAUGUAAUAUUGCUUUCAAUGAAUCUAAUGUAAUAAUUAUAAUAGAUAAUCUAAUUAAGACCUCAGCACCUGGAAAACAAAUGCCUAGACUAAGUAUUCCUUUCUUCCCCAACAGACCGGAAAUCUGUCCGGCAAAAACCUUAGUGUCGUAUAUAAAUUCCACAAAAUUACUUCGAGACGGCCAGAAUUCAGAUAAGCUCAUUCUCACUACCAAAAGACCCUUCCAUAACGCGACUGCAUCUACGAUUAGUCGCUGGAUUAAAUUGGUGUUAUCCGAAAGUGGUAUAAACACCUCUAUAUUCACAGCACAUAGUGCUCGACAUGCUUCUACAUCAGCGGCUAAUCGUAGAGGCGUUUCGGUAGACAUAAUAAAACAGACUGCAGGCUGGUCUGGCAACUCGUUAAUUUUUGGAAAAUUCUACAAUAGACCUCUUGAACAGAAUAAUGAUAAUGUUUUCGCACAAGCUAUCUUUGAGGAUUGUUAAAGAGUAAAAAUUAAAAAAUCU